AUGUUCUACCGUGGCAUCAACCAGAACUACCUGUACAACCCGGACUCAGGUGACGACCUCAAGAACCUGCUCAAGGAGUUGAGCUUCAAGCCUGUGGCCCAUUCAGUUGAGUACAAGAUGGGCUCCCAACUAAAGUUGCUCUUGACGUUUACAGAUGGUGGCCAGGGACUCUUCAAGCCCAUGAGAUUUUCACGUCAACUGGAGUCAUCGUCAGAAAGUUUUUUCUUCGAGGACAUUGAGCGCCACACGGCAGAGAUAGCAGCGUUUCAUGUGGACAGGGUGCUGGGUCUGCACAGGUCACCACCGGUAGCUGGACGUUGGCUCAAUGUGACGUCAGACGUGCUUAAGGCAGGGGACAGUGACGUCAGCAGACGUGUGUUCCAGUCACCUGAAGGCAACAUGUGCUUCAGUGGGACGUGCCAGAGGUUCUGCCAGGGUCAGUUCGCUGCCUGUGGGAGGCCAGUCCUUCUGGAAGGUUCGGUUUCAGCCUUCCUUCCUUACAACACGGCUAGCAGAAGAAAACGUGAAAAACAUCCGUUCAGACGAUCUUACGUCAAGCAUGUCAAGUGGGAGAUGAAGGAGGAGUUUUGUGAGGCCGACCUCAAGACAAGGGAGGUUUACAAGGGUGGCCGGAAGUUGCUGGACCUGAUGGACAUGGCCAUCUUUGAUUUCAUCAUUGGUAACCUUGACCGACAUCACUACGAGAGGUUUGAGGAGUUCGGCGAGAAGGGCUUCGUGCUUUAUUACGAUCAUGGCAGAGGGUUCGCUCAGUGGCAGCAUGACUGCGCCGCCUGCAAGACGCCCAUCAAACAGUGCUGCCUCAUCCGCUUGACCACUCUGGCCAAACUGGUCAAGCUCUACCAGGGCCCGGACAGCCUGAGUCACGUGAUGAGGACCUCCAUGAGGUCGGACCCCCUGUCGCCCAUACUUGGCGAGACGCACCUGGACGCCCUGGACAGGAGGGUGGGGGUUUUGUUGAGGCUGGUGGCGGGGUGCGUCGAGAGGGCGGGGAACUUCCACACGGUCAUCGUUGAUGACAGGCACAGGUAGCCAGGUGAUGACUGGAGGCCUCAGAUCUUGGGCAGAUCUUGGACAGA